CAAAGAUCAUAUACGGAUAUCAUCUCAAACCUAAUUAUCUCUCGAGGCUAAGUAUAAAAUCAUUCAAUGCCUUCACCAACCAGCGAAACAAAACUUACUGUUUCUCUUCUUCUUCAAUGGAACAGCAAUUAACUUUGUUAUUGCCCAAUAGCCCAAUAGGCGCGAGCAAUGAGGAAACCCUAGACGCUUCUCUUCCUCCCACCUCUACUACUCAAACCCAUCGAACCUUUCUUAAAUUCUUCGUUUACUUUUCCCUAAUCGGUUUCGCUUACUAUUUCAUCAUCUCCGGUUUCGCCGUCUCUCCAAUUCCCCCAAAAUUGCCGGAAUCUGCUCCCGGAAACGAUUCAUCAACAAAGUGUGAUCUGUUCACUGGAGAGUGGAUACCGGAUCCAUCAGGUCCUCUGUACACAAAUCUCUCUUGCCAUCACAUUCAAGAUUUUCAGAACUGCCUGAAGAAUGGACGGCCAGAUGUGAAUUAUCUCUUCUGGAGAUGGAAACCUCGUGGCUGUGAUCUCCCUAGGUUCACUCCAUCUCAGUUUCUCGAUACAGUGAGGAACAAAUGGUGGGCUUUCAUUGGCGAUUCCAUCGCUCGUAACCAUGUCCAGUCUCUCAUCUGCAUCCUCUCGCAGGAAGAAGAAGUGGUGGAAAUCUAUCACGAUAAGGAAUUCAGAUCCAAGAUAUGGAGAUUCCCUUCUCACAACUUCACACUUUCAGUCGUUUGGUCUCCUUUCCUUGUCAAAUCCGAAACAUCUGACACUUCAGAUAUCCAGCUUUACCUCGACCAGCUCGACCACAAAUGGACCGACCAAUACUCCAAUUUCGAUUACGUUGUUAUCUCCGGAGGCAAAUGGUUCCUCAAAGCAACAAUUUUCCAUGAAAACAACACAAUCAUAGGCUGCCAUUACUGCCAAGGUAGAAACAACCUAACCGAUCUCGGCUACGAUUACUCCUACCGCAAAACCCUAAACCUUCUCCGUGACUUUGUCCUAAACUCAAACCACAAACCGGUGGUUCUGUUCCGAACCACAACACCUGACCAUUUCGAGAACGGAGAGUGGAACACUGGUGGGUACUGCAACAGAACGAUGCCGUUUCAAGAAGACGAGGCCAAAUUGAAAACCGUUGACGAUGUGAUGCGUGAUGUCGAGCUUGAUGUGUUUCAGAAGUUCGGGAAAGGUUUCGGUUUAGGUUCCAACUUGAGACUGUUAGACACGACUGCGAUGUCUCUUCUCCGCCCAGACGGGCAUCCAGGACCGUACCGGCAUCCGAAUCCUUUUGCUGGAGUUAAGGAUAAGAGCUCUGUUCAGAAUGAUUGUCUGCAUUGGUGCUUACCCGGUCCGAUUGAUUCAUGGAAUGAUGUUAUGGUGGAAACAAUACUUAACCGGGAACGGUAUAUUUGAACCGGUAAAUGUACCACGAUGUUUGUUUGUAGUUAGUUCCGGUUUAUAGCCAUUCAUUUUCCCCGCUUGUUUGUAUUAUAUGCUACUUGUAUAUUUUAGAUUUUUGUAAUGGUCUUCAAAUAAUAAAUCGUGUGAGAUAGAAUAUGAAUGUUCGUUCCAA